UACUCCCUUUCUUGUUCUGUUGAGAGCAGUAGCAUAAAUUUGUUAGAAAUAGUCUUCCCCCUCUUUAUUUCUUUCCUUGGACUAUCUGAACCUGUAGAGGAUUUCACAGCAAUGUUGGACUGCAGUGACUACGUUCUAGACUCAAGAAUGAACAAUCCGUCAGAAACCAGUAAACCACCAAUGGAGAGUGGGGAUGGGAACACAGGCACACAGACAAAUGGCCUGGACUUUCAGAAGCAGCCUGUGCCCGUUGGAGGGGCAAUCUCUACAGCCCAGGCUCAGGCCUUCCUUGGACACCUUCAUCAGGUCCAGCUCGCUGGAACAAGUUUACAGGCUGCUGCUCAGUCCUUAAAUGUACAGUCUAAAUCUAAUGAAGAAUCUGGGGACACCCAGCAGCCAAGCCAGCCUUCCCAGCAGCCUUCAGUGCAGGCGGCCAUACCCCAGACCCAGCUCAUGCUGGCCGGAGGACAGAUCACCGGGCUCACGUUGACGCCAGCCCAGCAGCAGUUAUUAUUACAACAGGCACAGGCACAGUUGCUGGCGGCUGCAGUGCAGCAUUCAGCCAGCCAGCAGCACAGCGCUGCAGGCGCCACCAUCUCGGCCUCCGCUGCGACGCCGAUGACGCAGAUUCCUCUUUCUCAGCCAAUACAGAUUGCACAGGAUUUGCAGCACCUGCAGCAGCUCCAACAGCAGAAUCUCAACCUGCAACAGUUUGUGUUGGUGCAUCCAACAACCAACUUGCAGCCAGCACAGUUUAUCAUCUCACAAACGCCGCAGGGGCAGCAGGGUCUCCUGCAAGCGCAGAAUCUCUUAACGCAACUACCUCAGCAAAGCCAAGCCAACCUCCUGCAGUCUCAGCCAAGCAUCACCCUCACCUCACAGCCAGCAACCCCAACGCGCACAAUAGCAGCAACCCCCAUUCAGCCACUUCCACAGAGCCAAUCAACACCAAAGCGAAUUGACACUCCCAGCUUGGAGGAGCCCAGUGACCUUGAGGAGCUUGAGCAGUUUGCCAAGACUUUCAAACAAAGACGGAUCAAACUUGGAUUCACUCAGGGUGAUGUUGGGCUCGCUAUGGGCAAACUCUAUGGAAAUGACUUCAGCCAAACUACCAUCUCUCGCUUUGAAGCCUUGAACCUCAGCUUUAAAAACAUGUGCAAGUUAAAGCCACUUCUGGAAAAGUGGCUCAAUGAUGCAGAGAAUCUCUCAUCUGAUUCAGCUCUCUCCAGCCCAAGUGCCCUGAAUUCCCCGGGGCUGGGGAUUGAGGGCUUGAACCGUAGGAGGAAGAAACGCACCAGCAUAGAGACCAACAUACGUGUGGCCUUAGAGAAGAGUUUUCUGGAGAACCAAAAGCCUACCUCGGAGGAGAUCACCCUGAUAGCUGAUCAGCUGAACAUGGAGAAGGAGGUGAUCCGCGUUUGGUUCUGUAACCGGCGCCAGAAGGAGAAAAGGAUCAACCCACCCAGUAGCGGUGGAACCAGCAGCUCUCCCAUCAAAGCAAUUUUCCCUUGCCCAACCUCACUGGUGGCAACCACGCCAAGCCUUGUGACAAGCAGUGCAGCUACUACUCUGACUGUCAAUCCUGUGCUCCCUCUAACUAGUGCUGCUGUCACUAGUCUGUCAGUCACAGGCACAACAGAAACCACCUCCAACAACACAGCAACCGUGAUCUCUACAGCACCUCCAGCUUCCUCAGCAGUGACUUCACCCUCUCUGAGUCCUUCCCCUUCUGCCUCAGCCUCCACUUCCGAGGCAUCCAGUGCCAGUGAGACCAGCACAACACAGACAACCUCUACUCCCUUGUCCUCCCCUCUUGGGACCAGCCAGGUGAUGGUGACGGCAUCAGGGUUGCAAACAGCGGCAGCAGCCGCACUACAAGGCGCUGCACAGUUGCCUGCAAAUGCAAGUCUCGCUGCCAUGGCUGCUGCAGCAGGACUAAACCCAGGCUUGAUGGCACCCUCACAGUUUGCAGCUGGAGGUGCCUUACUCAGUCUCAAUCCAGGGACGCUAGGCGGUGCUCUCAGCCCAGCUCUGAUGAGCAACAGUACGCUGGCAACUAUUCAAGCUCUUGCAUCUGGUGGCUCUCUUCCAAUAACAUCACUAGAUGCAACUGGGAACUUGGUGUUUGCCAAUGCUGGAGGUACUCCUAACAUCGUCACUGCCCCGUUGUUCCUGAACCCUCAGAACCUUUCUCUGCUCACCAGCAACCCAGUUAGCUUGGUCUCUGCAGCUGCCGCCUCCGCAGGGGCCUCUGGACCAGUCGCCAGCCUUCAUGCCACCUCCACCUCAGCUGAGUCCAUCCAGAACUCUCUCUUCACAGUGGCCUCUGCCAGUGGGGCCACUUCCACCACCACUACUGCCUCCAAGGCACAGUGAGCCGGGCUGAGCUGUGCUACCACCAGCCUGUUUCACUCUGCAGUGGGAUUGGCUGCCAGCUGGGUUUAUAAACUGAAAAAUGUGAUCGGCUUCCUCUCGCCAUGUUGCUGGGGACAAGGGAGAGAGACGGAAAAUAUAAAAACAAAACAGGAAGGAUUUAAAGCUGGGACAGACAUUUGCCUAAUUUUAUAAUAAACACUGUCUUUUCAGGAUCGCUUCAUGGAUCGGAGAGCUUUCUAACCAAAAAUGUAAAAAAACAAAAAACAAAAACAAAAAAA